AUGUCACACUCAUCUAAUAAUACUUCAAAAAACGACAAAGAAAAUGGCAAUAAUUCCAGAAACUUUCGACCAUCAAAACAACGAAAACAAAAUGAAAAUUCUCAAAAAAUUUUGGAAGGCAAUAAAAAUGGGGAAUAUGCUCAGAGAAUGGAUAUUGUGGAAAAGAAAUAUAUUCAUGAAGCUUUUUCAAAUAAAUUUCUUGGUGUCUGUUCUUCAUCUCCAAGGACUCCUUCAAAAAAUAUUAAAGUAAUUACACCAACUAGACAACAAAAAGAAAAUAAAAUAUUUAAUAAAUAUUUACAAAAAGAUGAAACAAAAAUCGUAUCCAGUAUCAGGAAAAAUUCAAAACAAUUUCAACAACAAAAUGGAGGGAAAAUAAAUAAUCAGAAUAAAUACAGCAAUCAAAAUGGAUCUCAUUUCAACAAAAAUAUUCAAAAUAAUCGUCCUUUGAUGAGACAAAGUCCAACUCCUUUAUUACGUCCUUUAAAAGAAGAACUUAAAAUUGAUGGAAAGUCUAGUGAAUUUAAACCUUUAUUAUAUGGUCAAUUUAACUCUUCACCUGUCAUUCCACCAGAUGUAAAUUGUCCUCCAAGAAGAAGAAGACAUCGUCUAAGGAGUUCAAUUCCUGCUGAAAUUAAUGGAAAUACUUUGUCUGUUAUUGAAGAGGUUUUUACUCGUUCUUUAGUUGGAGUAAUUCUUAAAAAUUCUUUGGAGGAAAAUAAAUUUAAAAAUGAUGCUGUGAAUAACUGGGCAGAAUUUCUUGUUUAUCAAGACAGCAAGGCAACAUUUAAUUCAAUUGUUCGGUUACAGACAGAUUAUGGAAUGCUUUCUUGUUCUCCUCCAGGCUCUUGGCGACGAGUAAUUUUAACAAAUCCAGUUAACUAUAAAAAAUUAAAUUUUGAUACUAUUUUGGUACCAAAAAAGGUUUUAUUUUAUCAACGUCAUUUUAUGACUUCAUUUUCUGAUGGGCAAGUUUCUUUUUUUGUAACAGCUACACUUCGAAGGGAUAUUAUUUCUGAGGAUAAAAAUAAAUUUGUUUACCAUUCUCGUUUGUGUAAUUUAUUUAUUGACAAAGAAGAAUUAAUUGAUCCUUUAAUAAAAAUGUGUUUUCCUUUUAUUCAAAAUAAUAAUUGUCAAUUAGAAUUUAAAUUAAAACAAAUUGAUGAAAGAUAUUAUGCUAAAAUAAAUUCAACAGAAAAUGAAGAAGAAUCAAAUGAUGAAAAUUCAAAUAUUGGAGAACAACAAUUAUUAUUUUCUACAAAUUUUUGUAAUUGGUUUAGUGAAUGUAUUGAAAGGUUUUAUAUAAAAAAUAAAAUGAAUAAUGACAAAAAAAUUAAAAUGGACAAAUUUGUUAAUUUAUUAAAUAAAAAAUUGAAAAAUAAUUUGGAUUUGCCUGAUGAAGCUAAAUUAAUUUUGUUUGGUUCGGCAAUUUCUGGUUUUGGAAGUAAUGACUGUGAUUUGGAUAUUUGUUUAAUUAAUUGUGGAAUUGAUUCUUCUUUAAAUCCUUCCAAAUCUUUCCCAAUAAAAAGAAUAAUUUUAUCUCAAAUUGCAAAUAUUCUACGCAAAGAUGACGAAUUUAUGCAAAUAACAGCAGUUUUGGAUGCCCGAACACCGAUUGUUAAAUUUGAACAUUUACCAACUGGAUUUAAUGGAGAGUAUUUUGAGUGUUGAUAAUACAUUAGCAAUACACAAUUCAGAAUUAUUAAAAUUAUAUCAAGAAUUUGAUGAAAGAGUAGCCCCUUUGGGGUUUGCAAUAAAAUGUUGGGCAAAACUUUAUGGAAUAAAUGAUGCAUCAAAAGGAUCUAUAUCUUCAUAUGCUUAUAUUAUAAUGCUUAUUUAUUAUCUUCAACGUUGUUCUCCUCCAAUACUUCCUUUUCUUCAACAAGAAGAAAAAGAAGAAGACAAUAAUUCUU